AUGCCUUUUAACUUCCUUGGUAUCACAGUUGGAGGUAACCAUCGGAGAUACUCUUUCUGGAAACCGGUUCUGCUAUGUCUUAAGAAUAAACUUUCCAUCUGGAAUGGGAGAAACUUAUCUAUGGGGGGUAGAGUCACCCUCAUUAACUCGGUUCUUGCAAAUCUGCCUAUCCACUAUAUGGCUUUCUUCAAGGCUCCUCAAAAGGAAGAUGGCGGCGGUAUGGGUAUUAAGUAUGUGGGUCGGUUCAACAGUGCCUUGUUAGCAGAGUGGCUCUGGAGGUUCCAAACUGGCGGCAAUGAAAUAUGGAGAAACACCCUCACUAUCAGAUAUGGUAACCUUAGCAUUAAGACACAGACUUACUCCAAUGUUGUUAGUUCGAAAUCCGAAUCGUUGUGGAUGAAGGAUAUUAUGACCAAUGCGUCACUAAGAUCUCAGUCCAACUUCUGCAAGUUCACGAUCUGCUCAAUUGGUGAAGGUAAUGAUGCGGCGUUCUGGAAGUCAAUCUGGAUCGACAACAUACCGCUAAAAGUCAGAUUUAAUGGCUUGUUUCACUGCUGCCCUUUGAAGUCAGUGUCAAUCCGUAACAUGGGAUACUGGGAGGAUGGGCAGUGGAAUUGGAACCUGAGAAAUUCGUUGUUGGAUUCAGACAAUCCCCCUGAACCAGAUUGGUCUGACUGCUGUAAGUUGCUGGAAAAUAUCUUAGUUAUCCCGGGUGAGUCCGACAAAUGGCGGUGUAGUCUUCAUGAAUCUCUAAUUUUCAAGGUUAGCUCUCUUUAUCCAAUCCUAUAUCCCUCUCUAUCUGAACAAGACAUUGGCUCAGAUUGUGCUUCCCAUAUUGAGUCCAUCUGGAAGACGGUUAUUCCGGUGAAAGUGCAAACGCUCAGUUGGAGAUUGACGCUUAAUAGAUUGCCUACGAGAUCUAAUCUAUCGAAGAGAAGGGUGUUUGAUUCCGAGCAAGAUUUGGAUUGUGUGUUUUGUUCUAGUAGCCUGAAGGACGUUUCUCAUCUUUUUUUCUCGUGCUAUAAAUCUACUCAGGUUUGGAACAAGAUCUGUGAACGGGCGGAUAUAGACAUAAUUUCGAAAAAUUGUUGUUAUUCUCACGCUAAGGUGUGGAACACAAGCCUUAGAGGUCGGUGUCAAGCGAAUAGAGUUAAUUCGAUCUGGUUUAUUACUUGCUGGAAUAUCUGA